GGAUAGAGGAUCUCUGGGACCGGCGAUGGAGACUCCUGUUCUGUAUCCUGCCGCCUGCAAUGUGAGGACAGGUUUCUGUUGCACAGGAGGAGGGUGAUCUGAUUCCCAUCCUGUUGGAUGGGGAAGCUCAUACUGUGGGAGUAGAUAGUACUAGGCAGGGAGAACAGGCUGAAGAAGAUCCACUGUCUGCUGCCUUUGAGAGAGAGAGAGAGAGAGAGAGAGAGAGAAAGGGAGGGAGAGAGAGAGGGGAAGAUAGAGAGAGUGUAGAUACGGUGGCAGAGAUGCUGAAGACUACCAGCCCUUUCCUCCUGUACGGAAAGUAGCACUGCUGCAGAUGUGGCAACUGUCACCGACGCGGCUAGACAGCAACACAGACAGCGUGGGCGAUCUCUACCUGAACAUGCGCCAGAGCCGCUCAGGGGUCUGCCCGGGACGCCUGGCGUCCUCAGUAAGAGCCGGCAGUGCGGUGGCGUGCUGCCAGUGAUCUCGCGGGAGCCACCGAAGUCACCCACCUGCGGGGAAGCGCCCCAGACCUCCUCUUGGAAUGAAGUGACAGUGAGAAGCUGCCACGAUGCCGGUGAUGAAGGGUCUCCUGGCCCCCCAGAACACAUUCCUGGACACCAUCGCCAACCGAUUCGAUGGCACCCACAGCAACUUCCUGCUGGGCAACGCGCAGGGACACCGGGGCUUUCCCGUCGUCUACUGCUCGGACGGCUUCUGCGAGCUCACGGGCUUUGCGCGCACUGAGGUGAUGCAGAAGAAUUGCAGCUGCCGCUUCCUGCACGGGGCGGAGACCAGCGAGCACGUGGCGCUGCAGAUGGAGAAGACGCUGGAGGGCCGACAGGAGUUCCAGGCCGAGGUGCAGUUUUACAAGAGGAAUGCAGGCCCGUUCUGGUGCUUGUUGGACAUCGUCCCGAUCAAGAACGAGAAGGGUGAGGUGGUGCUCUUCCUCCUGUCCUUUAAGGACAUCAGCGACACACAUGGGAAGAACCACCUCAGCUCCUGUAAAGAAGGUGAGAGGCCGCUUGGCAGGAAGCACGGCGGUUCCAAGCUCAGCGAGGCCCGGUACCAGGGCCGGGCCGUGCUCUACCACCUGACCAGCCGUUUCACUCGGCGAGGAAAAGGUGACGUGAAACUGGACAGGGGCGUGUUUGAGAAACCUUCUCUGCCCGAGUACAAGGUGGCCACAGUAGAGAAAUCGCGCUUCAUCCUGCUGCACUACAGCGUCUCCAAGGCGCUGUGGGAUUGGAUGAUCCUGCUGGCCACCUUCUACGUGGCCGUCACCGUGCCGUACAACGUCUGCUUCACCGCCUACGACGACAGCGACGUCGCCUCUCGCAGCACCAUCGUCAGCGACAUCGCCGUGGAGAUGCUCUUCAUCCUGGAUAUUGUGCUGAACUUCCGUACCUCCUACGUGAGUCAGUCAGGCCAGGUGGUGUAUGAUCCACGCUCCAUCUGCAUCCACUAUGCUGCCACCUGGUUUUUUGUGGACCUCAUCGCCGCCCUGCCCUUUGACCUGCUCUAUGCCUUCAACAUCACUGUGACGUCUCUGGUCCAUCUGCUGAAGACGGUGCGUCUGCUGCGACUCCUGCGGCUGCUGCAGAAGCUGGACCGCUACUCGCAGUACAGCGCCGUGGUGCUGACUCUCCUCAUGUCCAUGUUCGCCCUGCUGGCCCACUGGAUGGCCUGCAUCUGGUACGUCAUCGGCCGCAAGGAGAUGGAGAACAACGAUCCCGUCGCCUGGGACAUCGGUUGGCUUCACGAGCUGGGGAAGAGGCUGGACUCCCCCUACACCAACAGCAGCUUGGGGGGCCCGUCCCUGCGCAGCGCCUAUAUCGCCUCGCUCUACUUCACCCUCAGCAGCCUAACCAGCGUGGGCUUCGGUAACGUCUGCGCCAACACCGACGCCGAGAAGAUCUUCUCCAUCUGCACCAUGCUGAUCGGGGCGCUGAUGCACGCCGUGGUCUUCGGCAACGUGACGGCCAUCAUCCAGCGCAUGUACUCACGCCGCUCGCUCUACCACACGCGCAUAAAGGACCUGAAGGACUUCAUCCGCGUCCACAGGCUGCCCCAGCAGCUCAAACAGCGCAUGCUGGAGUACUUCCAGACCACCUGGUCCGUCAGCAACGGCAUCGAUGCCAACGAGCUCCUGCAUGACUUUCCGGACGAGCUGCGGGCCGACAUCGCCAUGAACCUGAACAAGGACAUCCUGCAGCUGCCGAUCUUCGAGUGUGCCAGUAGGGGCUGCCUGCGCUCUCUCUCGCUGCACAUCAAAACGUCCUUCUGCGCCCCUGGCGAGUAUCUCAUCCGUCAGGGGGAUGCACUUCAGGCCAACUAUUUCGUCUGCUCCGGAUCCCUGGAGGUGCUCAAGGAUGGGAUGGUGCUUGCCAUACUCGGAAAAGGGGACCUAAUCGGGGCGGACCUUCCGGGUCAUGAGCAGGUCAUCAAGACUAAUGCAGAUGUGAAGGCCCUGACGUACUGCGACCUGCAGUACAUCAGCCUACGGGCGCUGAGGGAGGUGCUGCAGCUCUACCCCGAGUACGCGAGCCGCUUCACGGCCGACAUCCACCACAACCUCACCUACAACCUGCGGGAGGGCAGUGAAGCGGAGGGUUUGACGAGAUUCUCACGGUCACCCAGGCCGACUCACAAUCCUUUGGAUAACAGCACCUCCUCAAGGAGCAAGCUGGCCUUCGAAGGGGAGGCGGAUGAGGAGUGCGAGGAGUACUUCCGCUCGUCGCCCCGCAGCCGGCCCCGCAGCAGACUCACGCUGCCCCACCUUGGCACCCCCGCCCGGCACGGCUCGCUCAGCCACCUUCUGGGCGAGGAGCUCCGCCAGCUCGGCUCGGUCCGCCGCUGCCCCUCGCCCUCCCGCAGCCGGCGGGGCCACAGCCCCACCCCCAGCAGGGAAGAGCCGUCCCCCCCACCCACUUCCAAAGCAGAGCCGGGAUCCAGCAACAAACCUGCUAAGCUGCUCAUCCCCUCCCUCAACUGCUUCGGCCCCCCUGACCUCAGCCCCAGGGUCGUGGAUGGGAUCGAGGACGAUGGGCAGACGUUUCACUUUAACGUGGAGGAAAGCGGCACUAAGACCAGCACCGACAGCCUCGCCAAAGACUCCAACCAGGCUAAUGCUAAUCUGCUUCUGGAGACAGAGGAAGUGAGACACAGCAUCAACCAGCUCAACACAGAGAUGAGCCUUUUAAGCCAAGAGGUCUCUCACAUAUCCACGGAGCUCCACCACAUGAUGCACCUCCUUCAGACCCGCGUUGCCGUGCAGCACUUCACCUCCACCCUCUCCGCCUACCCCUACGGUGUUCACGUCGUCUCGAAUUCCGCCGGUGGCAGUACCAUGGCCGCUGCUGAUUGGCCCCCGCGCUUAUCCUGCAACGUGGUAGCGGGCCUGCAAGCUCAUCAUGAGCAUGUGACUCGGGAUCCCAUGGGGCACACUAGCGGGGGCACCAUGGGCUGUGGCAUGAACGCCUCCCGAGCUCGGGCAGCUACCAUGGGACAGUCGGUAGACGUCGACCUUCCUAAACGGUCGCUAAGCCCCAGACCCACCUGUUUUCAAGCGUCUUGCUACCGGGAGCAGCCAAGGGCAGCUGGACAAGGAGCAGAGAGCCAGCAAAGCUUCUGCUCAGCCUUCAGGAGUACCCCGAACUCCCCGUUCAUGACUCCUCAUCGGCGCCACACUGGCCCCUCCUUACUCAACUGUAGCCACGCCUUCCAAGGGUUUGUACCACUCCCUCCCCAGCAAGGACAUGGAGAGCAAAGUCCUUCUCAAACCAAUAUCCAUCCAUCAUGCUCAAAUGACACCCUCAUUCAGCCUCUGUCUGGGCAUAGUCAGCAAGCUGUUGCAAGCUCUGAAUGCACACACCCCCAAUCCAGCUCUCCAGUGUCCAUUCAGUCACUGUUGGUGACCCCAAGUGGAUAUGCACCCCUCCACACAUCUGUUAACCCCCUUGCGCAUUCUGGUUCAUACUCCUCAAACUCCCCCCAGCAUAAUCCCAGCUGCCUCUCCACCACGCCAAGGCAGAACGACCUUCUUGGCUCAAGCCCCAGCGACAUCCUAGACGCUGGUGACCUUCUGGACAUUCAUUGCACCUCGUUUCCGACACCGACCCAUUACCAUAAAAAACCACCGGCUACCUCUCAGGAUUUUAGUCUCCCAAGAAUGGACGGCCCGUGAUGCUGGCCAGGCCCCGGGCAACUGGACUGGAGAAGAUCACGUUCGCCUUCAGUGCUUUCAGGACGGACCCAAAUCAGAGGGGCAGGUUAGUGAGGCCCUCGAGUCCAAGAGCUCCAGCAUGGGCACCCAAACAGCAGGUGGAGAACCAUUCUGGGAUUAAAAAGGGGCUCCAUCUUCAAAUAUGGAGCAGAGGAAUUCAUAUGAAUGGACAAAUGAACUAAAAGUGUUUUUCCCUCUAUUAUGUACAUUCCACUAUUUAUAUUAUCUUUCUCAGCCUUAGUAAUAAAUUUAUGUGAAACCUUCGCUUCAAAGCACAGAAUUUCUUACCCGCAGUUCUUUAAUAUUUAUGACCAAUAAGACAUGUUAGUAAUCAUUUACUGCACCCAUCAGACACCUAUCAGAUUUACUCACACGAUCCUACAUUUACAUCACGAUCCGAAAUGUUGACCGUACUGCGGGUGAAAUUAAGAGGAAGCUUUUUCGAUAUUUCAUGACCAUUUCUGCUCUGACUCAAUGAACUAUUCUGACAAUCACGCCGCAGCGAGGGACUUCACCUUAAAAGCCGCCUGAGGUCAGAACACUUAAGGGAGUGGGGGGUGAAAUCUGACACGCAAAGCAAAAAAAUAUAUAUAUAUUUAAAAAAUCGUGUUUUUAGCUCAG